UCCUCCUGCCAUGGCCGCAAGAACCAUGCGCGCCGUGCAAUACGGCGGCUACGGCGGUGGCGCCGCCGCUCUCCAGAAUCUCGGUGGCAAUACUGCACCUGAAACUUUUCCUCUGAUACUAGAGGUUUGUUCGCUUCCAUGCUCUUCGGAGGAAGCUGAACUGAGCCUUUCAAGUACAUGUCAUAGAAUCUCGGUCGCAACACUGCACCUGAAGCUUUUCCUCUGAUACUAGUCCGUUUGUUUGCUUCACCUCAUGGUCAAAGGUAGAGAAAUCAUGUCAGUAGAGUGUGAAGAAGAUUUAAGCAUGUUGAGAUCCAGGUUCCUUCACCCAAGAAGGAUGAGGUGCUCCUGAGAGUGGAAGCAGCAAGCAUGAACCCAGCUGACUGGAAAGUCCAGAAGGGAGCGUUCCGGCCUUUUCUGCCAUCCAAGUUUCCAUUUGUUCCAGUAUCGGAUGUUGCAGGAGAAGUUGUUGAGGUUGGACCUGGCGUCGAUGGCUUCAAGCCAGGAGACAAGGUGGUCACAUGGCUUGGAUUUAAAGCAGGUGGACUCGCGGAGUACGCUGUUGCACCAGUAAACCUUACGGUCCACAUUCCACCUGAAGUAUCAGCCGCAGACGCUGCGGGUCUGCCUAUAGCGGGCUUUACUGCUCUACAGGCGCUGAGGUACGCCACAACCAAGUUCGACGGCACCGGCGAUCCAGCAAACGUCCUCAUCACUGCCGCCUCUGGCGGUGUCGGGACGUUCGCCGUCCAGCUCGCCAAGCUCGGAAACCUCCAUGUCACCGCCACCUGCGGCGCCCGGAACAUGGAGCUGGUGAGGAGCCUGGGCGCAGAUGAGGUGCUUGACUACAAGACCCCAGAAGGCAAGAGCUUGAAGAGCCCUUCGGGCAGGAAGUACGACGUCGUCGUGAACUGCACCACCAGCGUUGGCUGGUCCAGCUUGGAGUCCAACCUCGCAGCUCACGGGAAGGUCGUCGAUCUCAAUCCUUCGCCGGGGGCUUUCCUUCGUUCUGCUCUGAAGCAAUUGACCUGCUCGAAUAAGAAGCUGGUGGUGCUGUUCGCGACGGCGACGAAGGAGGACUUGCAGUUCCUGGUUGAGCUGGUGAAGGGAGGGAAGCUUAGGACGGUGAUCGACUCGAGAUACGCACUGGGCAAGGCAGAGGAGGCCUGGGCAAAGAGCAUGGAGGGUCAUGCCACUGGUAAGAUCAUCGUCGAGUGUGACCAAGUCAUGGACAUAUAAAUAUGAAGCGUUUGAUCCCAAUUGUAUCAAGAUUUGUGUGAAUCCAAGUGAAAUCAUUGUCAAUAUGAUGCCAAGCAGUUCGAUUCA